UCGAACCACGAUGCAUCAGAGAUGGCAGGAGCCGCUGCCCAGCUUUAACACAGGUGGGUCCACGUAAAGGCGUAGCAGCAGGAGUCAGGAGCCAUACUUCUCAGUGCUGGAGGUCAAUGUUUGUUCUUUUAUUCCACUAAAAGCUGUUACGUGAUUCAUUUAAAUGACAUUUUAAAGUGGAUUUAACUUAUAUUUAAAGAAGCACAAUUGCUGUUUACCGUCUUCCUGCUAAUUAAACGACGUAGCUGUUUUGAUUUCAUAAUAAUAUACUGAUAAUAAUGACAAACACCUGAACGGUGGGAAUAAUGGAAGGAGUGGAUGAUGUGGAGCUGUUUAUUGACUAGAGGGUUCACCAGGGUUCAUCUUCUUGGGACCAGGAACCAUGUGCUGCAUUAAACUUGUACGUAUAGCCUUCAUCUGAGAACUGGAGACCUGUCAAACGCUACAUCCGCCACUCGUUUGCGUCCCCGAAGCUCAACUCGCCUCUUCCUCCUCCAGCUUGAGACUCAUCCUCCAGUCCUCGACGCGAGCAGCCGCCAUGAUCAGCAGCCGCCUGUUGCUCUCCUUCUACAUCCUCACCUUCCUCAUGGGGGUCCCCGCCAACGUCCUGGCCUUCUGCACCUUCUGCCGCAAGGUGCGGCGCCGGGCGGCUCCCAUCGACGUCCUGCUCCUCAGCCUCACCGUCUCCGACCUCAUCUUCCUGGUGUUCCUGCCCUUCAAAAUGAAGGAGGCCUCGGACGACAUGGCGUGGCGGCUGCCGUACUCCCUGUGCGCCUUCGCCGGCUUCGUGUUCUACGUCAGCAUCUACAACAGCACGCUGCUGCUCACCGCCGUGAGCGUGGAGCGCUACCUGGGCGUGGCCUACCCGCUGCGCUACGCGCUGUGCCGCCGGCCGCGCUACGCCGUGCUGGCCAGCGCCGCCUUCUGGGUCGUGACCUCCGUGAACCUCUGCGUCGUCUACAUCAUCCCCUACGUCCAGUGGAGCAAAGGCCGAGACACCGGCAACAGCAGCAGCGGCUCUCAGCCGGACACCUGCUACCUGGACUUCAGCGAGGACGAGCUGGGCAUCCUGCUGCCGGUGCGUCUGGAGCUCUUCCUCGUCCUCUUCUGCAUCCCCUUCCUCAUCUGCAGCUUCUGCUACGUCAACUUCAUCCUCAUCCUGUCGCGGCUGCCGAACAUCAGCCGGCGCCGGCGGCUGCGCGCCAUCGGCCUGGCGCUGGGCACGCUGGCCGUGUUCGCCGUGUGCUUCGGGCCGUACAACGCCUCGCACGUGGUGGGCUUCAUCCGCCGCGACAGCGAGAGCUGGAGGGUGGAGGCGCUGCUGUUCAGCACCUUCAACGCCUGCAUGGACCCCUUCAUCUUCUACUUCUCCUCGGCGGCGGUCAGGGGCAUGGUGAAGCACUGCUUCAGGAGCAUCGUGGCGAAGACGCACAUCCUGAGGUGUGGAGCUUCUCAUGAGGAGCCGCAGCAGAAGCCCUCCAUCGGCGACAAGUACAAAGAAGCAGUCCCUCCGUGACCGAGGAGCGCAUGAGAAGCUUGUGUGACUGUGCUGAUAACAGGCAGAUCUUACUGGUGCUCCACAAUAAACACCUCAGUGACAUGAAAUGAUGAAUUAUCUCCACCAUCCAGCUGUUAACAGAUCAUUUGUAAAUGUUGUGACCCUCGUGUGAUCAUUCGCUGACUUUAUGGCAUUAAUACAGGCUGAUUAAUAAGGUGCGGAGGGUGCGUGUGGCACGGCCACAGCUUCCUGUUAAAUAUCCAACAGGGGCUGUUUAAUCACAGAAGGACUGACUGUACGAGCAGGAAGUGGAGGCUGUUCACCGGCCAGUUAAUUUGGAGCUGCAGGUAAACACGAGGCCUGUGCUCCUUUGUGGUGAGGGGACUUCACACAGCGAGCGGUUGAUAACCACCUUCUGCCCAUUUCCUGGCAGCAGUAAUGAGGACAGCGCUGCGAUGCAGCCCGAGCGAUGUAAACCCAGAUAACUUCCCCUCGUGGUGCUUGUUUAUUAGUUUAGUGCCCACAUCCACAACACAUAAAAGGAGAAAUGAAGUUUGUUCCUCUGGACGCUUAAAAUUCCCUGGAAGUGAACGCCUCCUGUUUAUGUUGGUCGUCCUUUAGCAAAAAUGUGACCUGACUGCAGCCAUGAGAACUAAAUGCUAGGACUGCAUUUAACUCUACAAUGUGAUGCAUUCUAGCACAUGUUUAGCCAUCACAGGUUCCUUUUAGAAAAACUCUAAAUAUGUAAAAUUUGAUAACGUACAUUUAUUUUGUCUAGACUGAAAACUCCGGGUCUGAGGAAAAGCUGGUUUUAUCUUCUUAGUUCUGUAAACGAAUGCUUGUUUAAUAAUAAAUGUUUUGCCUUCUUUAAAAAAUUAA